AUGGCCAACAGGCACUGGGAACAAAACAAGGAUGCCACGGUCUACGUGGGUAAUAUCGAUGAGCGCUUUACCCACGAGCUUCUCUCGGAGCUCAUGACGCAGGUCGGCCCAGUUCGCCAGGUGCACAUGCCGCAGGACCGCGUGUCGCAAACACACCAGGGCUACGGCUUCGUCGAAUUCGACACCCCCGCCUCGGCCGAGUAUGCCGCCAAGGUUCUCAACGGUAUCCGUAUCUGGGGCAAGCCCAUCCGCGUGAACAAGGCCAGCGCCGACAAACAAAAGACGGUCGACAUCGGCGCCGAGCUCUUCAUCAACAACCUGGACCCGCUGGUUGACGAGAAGAUCCUGUACGACACCUUCUCGCAGUUCGGCACCAUCCUGCGCCAGCCCAACGUCGUGCGCGACGAGAACAACAUCUCUAAGGGCUACGGCUUCGUGUCCUUUGAUUCCUUCGAGGCUUCCGACGCCGCCAUCGCCAACAUGAACGGCCAGUACCUGCUCUCCAAGCAGAUCACGGUCGAGUACGCCUACAAAAAGGACGGCAAAGAAACAACAACUCCCCCCGCCUACCACAUGGCCCCUCCCACCGCUGCCGCCGCCGCCGCCGCUGCCGCCGCUGCCGCAGCCGCAGCAGCAGCAGCAGCUACACCCACCAUCCCAACCGGCCCAGCCGCCGCUGUCCCCCCCGCCCCAGCAGCAGCCGGCAUCCCUCCCGUUCCCCCAGUCGCCGCAGCAGCGGGCACCCCAACAACCCCUUACGCUCCGAUUCCCCCCACCGGCCCAAGCCGUCCCGGCGUUCCCUAUGGCGGCCGUCCCCCCGCCUCAACACCCACAACCCCCUCCACAACAACCCCGACCCUUCCUCCGGCCCCAUCCGGACUCCCUGCCCGCCCGCCGCCAAGUCACGGCGGCUAUGGCGGCCCUCCUCCUCCGCACAUGCCCCCUGCGGGAGGAUAUGGUGUGCCGCCUGUGCCACCGCCAGCAGGGUUUGGUCCUCCGGCUGGGACACCGCCAAUGUAUCCGGGUGUGCCCCCGGCCGGCUUUGGCGGGCCGGGGGCGCCUCCGUAUGGGGCUCCACCGGUACCGCCGCCGGCUGGGUUUGGGAUGCCUGGUGUGCCGGGGGUGCCGCCACCGCCGGCUGGGUUUGGUGCGCCUCCGGCAGGCUAUGGAAGGCGUUAG